AUGACUGAUAACUCUAUCCACCACUCUAACCAAAACGGCUGCUCCGUUUACAGUAGAGAGAGAGAGGGGAUGAAGAUGAAAUGGCCUGUCAAGAAGACUGAUAAUAAUACCCGGUUUCAUCAUAUCCACAAAGUCGCUGCAAUUGCCAUGAUCUUGCUCCUGUUUGCCUCUGGAACACCAUUGCCCACCUCCGCGGACGCAAAGGGCCGAUCAGCCUCCGGUUGCGUGGCAGGAGAAAGGGAGGCGCUCCUUUCCUUCAAGGAAAGCCUUCUGGACCCCGUUGGCCGUCUCUCCUCGUGGCGAGGCCGAGACUGCUGCCAGUGGCAGGGUGUCCGGUGCGACACCAGCACCGGACACGUCGCCGGAAUCAACCUCCGCAACACCGCCCAAGAUCCAUGGAGUGCUGACUUGAUGCUAUCGAGUAGUGAGAUGAGUUCCUCCAUCACUGCUUUGCGAUACUUGAGGUACCUUGAUCUGAGCUACAACGACUUCAACCAGACAAGCAUACCGACGUUCAUCGGUGCUCUCGACAACUUACGGUACCUCAACCUCUCAUUUGCAAAUUUUGAAGGGAGGAUACCUCCACACAUCGGUAAUCUCUCCAAGUUGCGGUAUCUGGAUGUUAGUGAUGAUACUGCUAGUCUUUCAGUGUCAAAUCUUUCAUGGUUGCAUCGGCUCUCUGGUUUGAUUCAUCUCGAUGUGAGCCGAGUGUUUGUCAGAUCAGCUAGGAAUUGGAUCAGCCAAGUGAAUAUGCUUCCUAAUCUUAAGGUCCUUCGAUUGUCCGGUUGCGGGCUUAACAGUAGCGUCUCUACUCUGUCCCCUUCCAACCUCACACAUCUGGAGGUGCUUGAUCUGUCAGGCAAUUCGUUUGGCACUCCGCUCCAACACAACUGGUUCUGGGAUCUCACUAGCCUCAGGGAGCUUCAGCUCGCAAUGUGUGACUGGCCAGCAGGCCCUAUUCCUGAUGCUCUGGGCAACAUGUCCUCCCUUGUGGUCAUUGAUUUAAGUGCCAACUAUCAACUAUUCGGGUACAUCCCGGCAAACCUGGAAAAGCUUUGCAAUUUGCAGGUGCUGAAUUUGGACUGGGUGAAUAUCAACGGGGACCUGACAAAACUCAUGGACAGACUACCAAAGUGUUCAUGGAGUGUGUUGCGUGAGGUGCACUUGUUACGAGCGAAUUUGUCCGGGGAACUGCCAGAUUGGAUAGGAAAUCUGACCAGUCUGAGCCAGCUUGACCUCUACCAGAACAUGCUGGUUGGCCCUGUACCUGCCGGGAUUGGAGCACUUGGCAAUCUGACUUACCUGGACUUCGGCUUGAGCAAGCUCAGUGGCAUGCUGUCGACGGAACAUUUUGCAAACCUAGUGAGCUUAGAAUAUCUUGACCUUUCACACAACUCUCUGAAAUUGGAUCUAAACGGCAACUGGGUUCCACCAUUCAGAUUGGAUAUAGGAUACUUCAGAUCAUGUAACUUGGGCCCUCAAUUCCCGACGUGGCUGAGAUGGCAAGCUGGCAUAACCCGGCUUGAUAUUUCCAACGCAAGCAUAAGUGAUGUCUUGCCUGAAUGGUUCUGGACUGUUUCUUCUCAUGCUUCAGGAUUGUACUUGUCAAGGAAUCAACUGACUGGGGCCUUUCCAGCACAGUUGAAUCUAGUAUCAGUUGAAGUAAUGGAUCUUUCAAAAAAUUCCCUGUCAGGUAAGCUCCCAGCAAAUCUCACAGCUCCGAUGCUCAGUCAGUUGCAUCUUUCAAGCAAUCAUAUCGAAGGUACCAUCCCAUCAUAUGUGUGUCAAUUGAAUGAGCUAACAGAACUGGAUCUGUCCAGCAAUCAACUCACAGGAGAUCUUCCGAGAUGCCCAGAAAAUAUUACAUGGAGAUCCGUUGGUCCCGAUGUCACAUAUUGUCUUCAAUUUGGUUGUUCCUUCUCGAUUCUAGACUUGAAGAAUAACAGCUUGUCAGGUAAAUUCCCAGAUUUCCUCCAAAAUGCCUUAGGGUUAAGUUUUCUUGACCUUUCGCGCAAUGUAUUCUCUGGUAGUUUGCCAACAUGGAUAGAUGAGAAAAUGCCAAGCCUAGAAGUGCUGGUUCUACGAUCAAACAUGUUCUCUGGUCACCUUCCUAGGCAGUUUACAAAUCUGCCCAGUCUUCAUUACUUGGAUGUGGCACAUAACAACAUAUCAGGAAGGAUACCUUCCUCUCUUGGGAGACUGAAAGCUAUGACAGGUGAAUCCGAAGGAAGCAAAAAUAACUACAGCGACGACAGCAUAAUGACCAUCACGAAAGACCAGGAGCGUCAAUACACCCUUGAUUUUGCAAACCCCAUUGUGUUGAUUGACCUGUCAUGUAACAGUUUAACUGGACAUAUUCCGGCGGAGCUAUCUUUUCUCAAGGGACUUCAGACGCUGAAUCUCUCCGGCAACCAACUAGAUGGAAGAAUCGUGGAUGGUAUCGGCGCCUUAAGGAAAUUGGAAUCUUUGGACCUAUCUUACAAUCGUUUGGCCGGCGGAAUCCCCCCAGGUUUAUCUGACCUUACGUUUCUGAGCUGGCUAAACUUGUCCUACAAUGGUCUAUCAGGAAGAAUCCCCUCGGGGAGGCAGCUACAGACACUCAAUGAUCCAUAUAUAUACGUCGGCAACCAUGGGCUCUGUGGGCUUCCUCUCCCCAACAAUUGUUCAAAUGGAGCAAACCCAAGUGCCCAUGAAGAACAUGAAGGUGCACCUAAUGAUACAACAUAUUUGUUCCUUGGCAUAAGCAUGGGGUAUGUAGUGGGCCUGUGGACAGUGUUUUGCAUCCUUCUGUUCAGCAGAACUUGGAGGGCUGCGUGGUUCCGGCUUUUCGAUCAGUUGUGUGACAAGAGCUAUGUGCAAGUGGUCGUUGCUAAGGCCGCCAUGGCAAGGAGCUUCAGAGACGAGGCAUUGUGA